AUGAAUAAUUAAACUGGAAAGUAUAUUAAAUUGAAUCUAUUCUCCAAAUUGAAAACCAUUAUGAAACGUAAAGGACAACCAGAUACAGAAACUAUAAGAACCGAAUGGAGUUAAAUGAUUGGUAAUGUUGUGAAUGCAAGACUUAGCUGACAAUUCAAGAAUUGAAUCUCGAAAACAUUAUUAAUAAAGAAAGAGACUCUAUUACAUAGCUACUGUCAACUCAGUCUUUAUGCGUAAUUAGUAUUUCAUACAGAAUCUACCUGAAUAAGAGGACUAAUUUAUAUAAUAAGAACAACCUCCUAAUUAGAGUGAAGAAUCCAAAAUGAUUGAAACUGUUUAAAAUUUAGAUACUAUCAAGAAGAUAGUUAAGGUAAGAUUGCCUACUGAUUUUGUAUUAGUCAUUUGGAACAUAUAUAUAAUGAUAUUAAUAUUUAGUCAAAUGCUAUUAAUACCUUUAGUAUUAUCAUUUGAUAUCAACAAUGAAGGUGUUUCUAUAUAUGAUUGGGUAGUCAAUGGAUGUUUUUACAUUGAUAUACUCUUAUAAUUUAAUACAGCUAUUUAUAUAGAUGGUAAUCUAGUAUAAGAUAGAAUAGUAAUUGUUAAAGAAUAUUUAAAAUUAUGGUUUUGGAUAGAUUUAAUAAGUUCAUUUCCAUAUGAUAUCAUUUUUGAUUCACCUGAAAUGUAAAGUAAAGCUUAAGUAAUUAAAUUAUUAAGAUUUAUUAAAUUUAUUAAAGUAAUACGUUUAUUAAGAGCUCUAAAAUUAAAGAAAAUAUUUGGUAGAAUAGAAGAAUAUAUUAGUGUGAUGGAAUCAUUAUUUUAAUUUACAUAAAUGUUAAAAUUAAUAAUAUUAAUACUUUGUAUAGCUCAUUGGUGUGCAUGUGUAUGGAAUUUAUUUAUUGAUGGAGAAGAUUCAAAUUGGGCUGCUAAAUAUUAAAUUAAAAAUGAAGAUUGGACAGUUAAAUAUAUGACAUCUAUUUAUUAUAGUAUGACAACUAUGAUAACUGUUGGAUAUGGUGAUGUUCAUGCUUAUUCUUAUUAAGAGAUGAUAUAUGCAAUAUUUUUAAUGUUAUUAGCAUCUGCAGUAUUUGGUUAUACAACUAAUAUUGUUAUGGAAUUAUUUAGUAAUUAAUAUGAUAAAUUUAUUGAAAAAGAAUAGAAUAUUAAAAGUUAUUUAAAAAGAAAAAAAAUAGAUGUCUCAUUAACAUCUAGAGUAACUAGUUAUUUAGAAUGGUUAUAAUUUUCAUAUGCUAAAUCUUAAUAACAUGAAUCAACUGUUAUUGAUAGUCUAUCAGCCAAUCUAAAAAGUGAAGUCAUUUGUUUAAUUAAUAGUAAAAUCAUUGAAAAAAUACCAUUUUUUGAAACAUUCUCUAAAGAUUUAUUAAGCAAUAUUGCAUAUAGAUUAUAAGAGAAAGUAUUUGGACCAGAAGAAAUUAUAUUUGAAUAAGGAUCAUUAGGAGAUGAAAUGUAUUGUAUUGUAAAUGGUUCAAUUUAAGUUAAAUAUUUCUAAACUAGAAUUGCUAAUCUAGGUAAAGAUGAAAUAUUUGGAGAAAUAUGUUUAUUCUCAGAAUAAACUAGAAGUGCAACUAUUAUAACAGAAGAUUUUGUUAAUUUAUUGGUUUUAAAAAAAGAACCAUUUCUUAUGAUAAUUAAAUAAUUAUAGAAUGAUUUAGAAAAAUAUCAUUAAAUUAAAUACUAUCUUGAAAUUGAAUAAGAUUAUUCUGUUCUUGAUAUUAGAUGUUAUAUUUGUUAGGAAUUUCAUUUAGCUUUGAAUUGUCCAAUGGCACAUCUUAUUAUAGAUAAAUAAAUUCUAUUUCUUUAACCACAUAAAUAAUUAUGUCCAAAACCUAGAUUUAAAAUUAAACAUAAACAUUCAUAUAAAUAUUUAAGAGAUUAAACACAUUUAAGAGCAUUAAAGAAAUUACAUUAAAAAUUAAUGAAAUUACAUUUAUUAGGUAGAUAAAGUAUGAUACUAAAAUCUUAAUAAUAAAAAAUAGAUAAUAAUUUUAUGGAUUCAGAACAUUUUGAUAUUGAUUAAGUCAAAUAAUUUGAAUUUUAUGUUACAAAAGGAAAUGUAGAUGAUAUUAUAUUAAGUAUUAAUCUUAAUGCAGAUAUUAAAUUGAAAUAGAUAUAAUAAGAAAAAGAAAGUAGAGUAUAAUAAAAAAAGAUGUAAUUAUCUCGAGUAAGAAAAGCUAUCUUACACAAUCCAUUUCUUGAUGUAAUCAAAAAGAAAAAUGAUCCAUCAACAAUAUUUUCAUUAUAAGUUCCAUAAUAAUAAUAAUAGAUAUAAUAAAUAUGUUCUCCAUCUCCCCUUUAAACAAAGAGAAAUAGAAUGAAUUAAGUUAAAAAUAUGAGACAACAUUCUUAAUCUUAAUUAAUGAAAGCAUAAUCAAGAUAAGAUAAAAAAUAUCAUAAUAGUCAAUUUAAAUAUAAAGAAAAUAAUGAUGAAGCUGAAAUUGAAUUUGAAGAAAGUAUAUAAAAAAUAAGAUCUAUCAAAAUUAAUAAUUUCCCUUAAGAACCAUAUAUUAAACCUAAAAGAACUUCAUCAUUUAAAUAAAGAAAAACAAGAAAAUUAAGUUUAUAAGAAAAGAGAAUAUUAACAAUUAUUAAAUAAGCAGAAUUGGGUUUAAAAAAUUGUGUGAUGAAUUAUGUUUGA